AUGUCUCCCCGCGUGAGGAGCGAUGGGCGGCCAGGUCAGCAGGAGGAGGUGGGGGCCAGCUGCAGCUGUGGAGCGGAGCCCGGCGGAGGCUCGGCGCGCAGGACGGCUGUCGGAGACAGGGGGGGCGGUCUGAGGAGCAGACUGGGAGCCGGUGCAGUGGGGAUGCUGGGAAACUGUCUCCUGUCUGUGGCACCGCUGUUGCUGCUUGUCCGGUGCGCCGCGGCCGCAGAGGAAAAAUCCACCUAUGAUGCCUCUGGCUUCUCACCUUUACAGAGCAGCUUUGUAGUCACUGGUGCUCCCAUCCAUUCGCUGACUGAGCUGUCGGUGGCAGAGGAGGUGCCUUUUCAAGUGGUUCGUUCAGAUGUUGACCCUGAGUCUGGUGGAGAAGGCUUGUUGGGACAGCCAGCCUUUUCCUCCAUCUUAACCGUGAUGGCAGGAACUGUCAAACAUCCAGUGAGCCUUGAUCAAAGUAGAGCCUUGCCGACUGUCAGCAGGGAAGAGAUGCACACCACCCAAUGGCCUUCACGUAGUUCCAGCCAAGGCUCAAACGAGUCCUCCUCCUCCUCGUUUGAGGGAGACAGCUUCCAAGCAAGUUCAGAACCAGGGAUUGAUGAUUUAACCACAGGAACGUCAAAAUCAGCUGUGUUCCCUUUCCCCAAAGACAAAGAGGCCAGCCUACAUCCCUCUCAGCCAGACGGAGUUAUCCUUUCUGCUGAUUCCACUGAGGGGACAUCUCAGGUAUCACCAGUGACCCCCCAACAGGUCACCACAUCAGCCCCUGUCAAGCUUACCACCACAACUUUAGCUUCAACUACAACUUCCCCCACCACAAGCACAGCUUAUGUAAAAGUAACAACACAUUUAACCCCAACAACCACACCACAUCACACACUUAUUACCAGAAGAACCACAACCACCACCAUCAGGGCUUAUACCAGCAGGAGAACUUUCACGUCACCCAUCCAAAGAACAAGCCCCCCGAGGGGGGUCACCACUGUCUUCGUCUCGCCUUUCACCACAACCACAGAACCUCCACUGCCACAGUGCAACAUCACAGAGAGACUGUGGGUGAAAACAGUUGUUUCAAUCUAUGUGAGGAGGAACAGGUUGGACAGUAUACAGAGACAAAACCUACGAAGGGGACUAAGUCAGGGGCUCAGAAAAGCUCUGAAUGAUACGACUGCACAAGCACAGGUGGAGACUGUUUUUGGUUCUCCCAACAUGACAGUGGCAUAUCACGUGACAGGAGGGGACACAGUUUAUCCUCCAUCUGUAGUGGUGGAGGGCUUGACAUCAUAUGGCCGCGAUAAGCUGAUUGCAGACCUGCGACAGUAUCUCCCCUUGGUAACUGCCUUGCCUUCCCCUGUUGCAUUGUGGAGAACCAACCCUGCCACCGGCUUCCAGCUAAAAACAGUCUUGCAAUUUGUGGGAAUGGGUGAUGAUCCUCGAUCCUGUCGCUUCUCUCAAAUGAUGGAGCAGAGGUUGGAGAAGGUGUUUUCUGAGGCUCAGGCCAAAGUUCUCGAAGUUAAAAGCCAACUCUCAGUUCAGAUGCUAAGUGUCUCUCAGACAGCCGCCUCUCCUGCUGUGUCCCUGGUCUACACUGUAAAGAAUAGGACUGUCUACCUUAACGGAACGGUUGCCUCAAACCUCCUUGGUCAGCUUUCUGCUGAGCUGGUGGGCUACUUCCUCUUCUAUCCACCACUUAUUAUUGCUGAACCGAUUGAAUAUCACAAUCUGAACACAUCUAUUGCAACAAGAGACUUCUGGGUUGUCACAGUGAUCCAGGAUGUUGACAACGCCAGCCUGGAUGGACAGUACCAAAGCUUUGCCAAUCUAAUGGAGCAGCGCCUGGCAGAGUUGUUUGUGUUGGCGGGCCAGCAGGGCACUCGUUUUCGACGAGCAACAACUGUUGGCAGCUUCACCAUUCAGAUGGUGAGCAUCCGCAGAGUGUUUGGGUUGAAGAAUCCAGCAGAGAUGACCUACUAUGUCCAACACAAUGGCAUUCCUUUACUGGGCACUUCAGCCGCCAAGGUCUUGAACACGGUGGAUUCGCAAACCAUGGCGCUCACCUUGGGCUACUUUGUCCAGCUGCAAGCAGAACGUAAGUACAGCUGGCUUAUGACCUUUGACCACUUGGAAAAAGAGGAACCCUCAAACAAAUUGCCAAGUGAAGAUGGUUUCGUCAUCAGCAACGAAUCAGAGAAGCUUCAUUCCGGCAGAGGCCUCUCUGUGUCGAAAGUCACAGCACAGCAGAAACUAACAAAGGAGGAGCCCCGCAAGAGGGACGAUCCAUAUGACUCCUCCUCUGGCUCCCUGCAGCUCGUUUCCAUAAAGCCCAUGACAGCUCAUCAUAACUGCUCCCAACCUGCAUCUUCUGAGCGCAGCCAGGACUCGGUCAUUGUCAACGGCGAGGUCAACUUGGCCUUAAAGCAGAAAUCAGACAUUGAGCACUACAGAAAUAAGUUGAGGCUGAAAGCUAAGAAGAAGGGCUAUUAUGAUUUCCAGUCCACCAACGGCAGCAGCAAUGGAGGUCAGACCCCGUCGCAGAAACAGUGGAACGGCUAUGAGAGGGAAGCCGGUGAGCAUGGCAGACAUCUGGAGCCUGAUGAUGAGCGAGGUUCCACUUAUGUCAAGUCUCACAGGAGGCAGUCCCAGGUAGGACAAAUGGCCUAUUGCAGCAGACAAAGCCUGAGCAGUCCAAACCCCGGAGGAACAGAGAUGGACCUGCUUGUAAUGAGAGAGCGACCCAGAAGAGGCAUCAGAAACAGUGGUUAUGAUACUGAGCCAGAGAUAAUCAAGGAGACAAAUGUUGAUCAUCUCAUGGGUUCACGGCGGUACACGUACGGGAGGGGAUUAAAAGACCACUCGGAGACGUCCACUUUGAGCUCCCAGCCAUCUAUCGAUAAAGUACGACAGCAAAUGCACCUGCUGCUGGAGGAGGCAUUCAGCCUGGCUUCUGGGGGGCAGUCCACAACUGGAAGGCACUCCCACCACCACCAAAACUCUUCUGACCACUACAACUCAGCACCACCUCCACUUGCAUAUGCAGACAUGGUAACCAGUGUUCCAGGCACCAUGAGCUCUGGGCUUGGCGGCCUGCAGUGGGUACCAUCUUAUGCAGCAGAUGUGUAUCAGUGCAGUCUGCCUAAACCAGCUUUUCGCUUCACUCAGCUCCCUGAGAUGGCCUUGGGCUCGCCUCCUCCUUUACCACCUCGCACCGGGCCCCCUCCCAAAACCUCUUUAAGACGCUCUACGUCAGACUUGGGGCCCAAGGGAAGGAGCUCAGAAACAUCUGUCGCUGAAUUGCGGAGUCAACAUGAGAGCAACCCAUAUGGGUCAACCACUAGAGCAGCACUUUCACCUAUCACUGCAGAACAGCCUGUAAACUAUUCAGGAAACCCAAUAACAGCCGUGUACGCCAUCCCAGCCACCAAGACUGUCUACUCAGAUUAUUUUGUCCCCACAUCGCCCACAUCCUAUCACAGUCCCUCUUGGAUGUCUUAUCCACCAGAACCUGAGGAUGUUGCGCCACAAUGGGCAGACUCUGUACCUUUGCCCGGGUAUGUAGAGGCUUUUCCUAAUCCUCGUUACCCAAAAGGGAGCCCCAGCAGGCUGUCACUACAGUACAACCAGACUCUGGAGCAGCCUCCUGCUGCCCCCAGCACAGCAUCUGAACAAAGUCUGCCCCAGGUGCUGAAGGACAUGGACAGCAUGCCCCUGAGCAGCCUCUCCACCUCAGCGCUCGUGCAAGCUAUAAGGCAGGAGGUGGCGAAGCUGGCCAUGAAGCAGAAUGACAUGUUUGAGUUUUAAAUUCUGCUCCCAUUGUACUUCAACAGGAGUGCACAAAGGCAGACUUUUAUCUUCAGACCUCAUUUUUAAUAUUUGUACUCUCCAAGAGACUUCAUCUUCUUUAC